UGUCAUUCAAUUAUGUGUGUUUUGUGAUGAUUUUUGAUGAUAACAAGAGUAACAACAAUAGUAAUAACAAUAAUAUUAAUAAUCAUGACAACAAUAAUAAUCAUAAUUAAUAUUCAGGACAUUUAGCCUACAUUUAGCCACUUCUUUGAUGGGGGCAAUAAUUAUUGUACCUGGAUAAUGGAUAGCGUGGCUCUGGCCCAAAAAAGUUUGAAAAUAAAUUAACUGGGUAAUAUCUCAAUUUCAAUCUUCCUGCCCCUCGGAUUUUACCCUCCAAUUGGCUUUGAAGAAAACAAGAAUUGCGUAGUGCGUACGCGUUUAUUAUAAUUGAGAAUUUCCCCUGACAAGGAUCCCGUCAAGUUGUGGAGAACGUCAACAAAAUAAAUCUAGUUUCGGCUAGCUCUCAGUUUUUCCUCAGAUGGCCGGGGAAGCGAAUCACAGCAAUCAGCUCGAACAGUUUAUGUUGCUGGCCAAAAAGGCUAAAGGCCCUGCUUUGAUUGCCCUCAUAAACCAACUACUGGAAGCCCCGGGGGUGUAUGUAUUCGGAGAAUUCCUUGAACUUCCCUGUAUCCAAGAGCUUCUAAAAGGUCCCAAUGAAGGCUACACUCAACUGCUCAAGAUGUUUGCCUAUGUAUUCAAGGAUACUCUUCCCCCCUUGACUGAGACACAGAAGAACAAACUAAGGCAUUUAACUAUUGUCAACUUGGCUGCAAACAUGCAGGUGAUCCCCUACGCGUGGCUGCUGAGGGACUUGGAGGUGGGCAGCGUGCGGCAGCUGGAGGACCUGGUCAUCGAGGCUGUGUACGCUAAUGUGAUCCGGUGUAAGCUGGACCAGAGCCAGCUGCAGCUGGAGGUGGAUGCCUGCCUCGGCCGGGACGUCCGCUCUGAGGGCAUGGGCUGCAUUGCCAGCGUACUGGCACAGUGGUGCCGUGACUGUGAGAGUGUCUCUGCCUCCGUGGAGCAGGAGGUGGGCAGGGUGGGCCAGUCUAGAGGGAGCCACCUCAGAGCUCUGCAGCAGAUUGAGGCCGAGGUGGCUAACAUUAGCAGGAUGAUAUCAGCGAGAGAUAUCAGCGAGAGAUAUCAGGAGAUGGACCCUCUGGGUGUUGGGGAGCAGGAGGGUGAGGGGUCCGUGGCUGGCGCAGAGAGCAGACAAACACCCCUGAAGAUGGUCUCAGAGCUUAAGACCUUCACCAACCAGAGACAUUGACUGUUGCAGCUUGAGUCUGGCCUGUACUGCUUUAAGAUGACCCAGGCUGUGUCUCCCUAGUAUCUUUCUUUGCUAGUCUUUUCCAUCUGUCUGCACUGCGUGUAAGCACUCUGCAUCCAUGAGUUUGUUGUCUGGAUUAGGAAUAUUGUACUCCUGUUUAUUUAAAGGAUCUAUAAAGAAUCCUCGAAAGUCAAAGUUUAAAUGUUUGAAGGUUAUUUUGACAUUUGAGAAGAGAGUGUAUUUGAAAAUGUACUGAUUUGGUCAUUUUGUUUUCUUGAAAACAAGAAUUUGCUUUCAUGUUGCUGUCAUCUCCAUGUUGCUUUUCUAGUUUUUCAAAUUUUGCUGAUCUCAUCUGUUUUAUUUUAGCUUUUCCCCCAGUUGAGUACUAUUUCAAAUGGCAAAAUGUUCUGGUUAAUAUGUAAGCAUGUUAAUGCAUUCUAUAAAAGGUUCAACAUAAAAAUACUUAACAAUGA